AUGUCUGAUUCGAUUGCACAGCAGGAUGUGGCGGAGACAGAGCAUACAACUGAUCUUGUUGGAGUGGUAGAUACAGAGGAUGCUAAUCCAGCUGAUCAGGAUUUGGUAGGGAUGUCAGUGUGUUCGGUUGAUGAAGCAUAUGACAUGUAUAAUGAUUAUGCCUUUAGAGUAGGUUUUAGCGUGAGGAGGGGUUGUGGUGCAUUUGUCCAAUUCCAUUUACAUGAGAAUGGGAUGUGGAUUGUUUCGAAGCAUGAGAAGUUGCAUAAUCAUGAAUUGGUUCCACCAAGCAAGAGUUACCUUCUAAGGUCACAUAGGAUGGUGUCUAGGAAUCAUAUAUCAUAUCUUACUGAUUUGAAGAGCAGUGGUGUGUCUGUUGCAGAUGGUGUAAGAUUACUUAAAACACAAUCAGGGGGAUCACCACUUGUUGGGUUUACAAGUAGUGAUGCAUAUAAUUCUCUAUGUACCGAUGCAUUGAACAGAUUGGAUGGUACCGAUUCAAACACAUUGAUUGAAAUAUUCAAACGGAGGCAGUCAAGUGAAAGGGAUUUUUACUUUGAUUUUGAGGUGGAUUUGGAGUCAAGUCCGCAAAGCAUAAUGACUGAUCAAUGUGCUGCUAUGGCUGCUGCAAUUGUUCAAGUUUUUCCAAGUUCACGACAUCGGCUAUGUAUAUGGCAUAUUGGCGAGAACUCAAAGAAGCACAUUAAAGGGUUAAGAAAUCAAAAAGAUUUCCUAGAUAUAUUCAAUUGCUUGUUGAAGUAUACGGAUACAGAGGCGGAGUUUGAAUUUUACUGGACGAGGAUGGUUACAACAUAUAAAUGUCACAAUAAUCACUGGAUUGAAAAGUUGUAUGGGUGUAGAGAAAAAUGGUGUCCUGCUUUUAAUAAAGAUUAUUUUUCGGGUGGGAUUUUAUCUUCUCAAAGGAGUGAGACCACCAAUCACUCUAUUUCUAGAAGGUUGUCCAAGACAUCUGGUUUGUGUGAUUUUUAUAACUCUUUUGUUGGGGUCAUAUCAGAGUGGAGAAGUAGAGAGAAUGGGGAAGAUGUUCAGUGUUCACAAGGUGUACCCACAAUGGUGAUGGAUAAUGUUAAGAUUAUGUUGCAUGCUAGGGAAAUUUAUACAAUUGAGAUAUACUAUUUGUUUGAAGAACAAUUUUUGAAAGGUGGAUCAUGCUAUCAAGAGCGUGUGAUGUUGGAAGAUGGUGUGUAUAAGUAUCAUGUCUGGAGGCCUGAUGUUGAUAUUAUUAGGCAUGAAGUGGUGUUUAACAGUAGACAAAUGGACAUUGGAUGUAGUUGCAAGUUGUUUACUGAAUUGGGGAUUUUGUGUUGUCAUUGUUUACGCAUUCUAAAUGUGCAUUGUGUUUCUGAAGUCCCCGAGAAGUAUAUUUUGAAGAGGUGGACUAAAAAAGUUGUUGAAGUUGAUAAUGUUGAUAUAAUGUCUAGAGUUGAUAGUGGUAAUGGUGCAUCUUCUGUUUGGUUAUUAGAAAUCAUUAGGAAAUUUCAGAGGCUUGCUGUUUAUAGUCAGGAAAAUAUCGAAGGACGGAAGAUUUGUGAAGAAGCAAUUGCAGAUGCAAAGAGAAGACUUGAAGCUGAAUGUGGUGGCAGUUUAUUUGAAGAUUGUGACAUAGGAUCGACAAGUGGUGUUAUAAAGGAUCCAUCUACUAGACGGAUGAAAGGGUUGCGGAAUAGGAGGGUGAGCAGUGUUAUUUCAAAGAAAUAUAACAAAGCAAGGGGACGGAAGCAUCUUGCAAAUAUGGUUGCUUCCAAAAUAAAAUCUGCUGUUCAGUCUCAAGUUGAGGGUGAUAUUUUAAAUAUUGCAGGCGAUGGAUAUCUUGUGCACCCAAGUUCCGGAGGUUCUAGUUUUUGUCACGUUAGCACAAUGUCAAGCAUGGAUGAUAAUUAA